CCUUCCGGUGUAUACACACAAACACAACACAAAAUAUCGCUUCCUUCUCAUUUCAAUUAUCCCCAAUCUCAUCGCUGAGAAAAUCCAAACCCUUAUUUUCCCUCUCAUCAAUUUUCCCGGAAAAUGAGAGAAAUCUUGCACAUCCAGGGAGGACAAUGCGGGAACCAGAUCGGAGCCAAGUUCUGGGAGGUCAUAUGCGAUGAGCAUGGAAUCGACCACACUGGCAAGUACAGCGGCGACUCCGAGCUUCAGCUUGAGCGCAUCAACGUCUACUACAAUGAAGCCAGCGGCGGAAGGUACGUUCCUCGCGCCGUCCUCAUGGAUCUGGAACCUGGUACCAUGGAUUCCGUCAGAUCCGGCCCCUACGGCCAGAUCUUCCGCCCCGACAACUUCGUCUUCGGCCAAUCUGGCGCCGGAAACAACUGGGCGAAGGGACAUUACACCGAAGGCGCCGAACUCAUCGAUUCCGUCCUCGACGUCGUUCGCAAGGAGGCAGAGAAUUGCGAUUGCUUGCAAGGGUUUCAAGUCUGUCAUUCUUUGGGAGGAGGUACUGGUUCCGGCAUGGGUACGCUUCUGAUCUCGAAGAUUCGUGAAGAGUAUCCAGAUCGUAUGAUGUUGACGUUUUCAGUGUUUCCUUCUCCUAAGGUUUCUGACACCGUUGUGGAGCCUUACAACGCCACGCUCUCUGUGCACCAACUUGUUGAAAACGCUGAUGAGUGUAUGGUUUUGGACAAUGAGGCUCUCUAUGACAUCUGUUUCCGCACUCUCAAGCUUGCUACACCCACGUUUGGUGACCUUAACCAUCUGAUUUCUGCCACCAUGAGUGGAGUCACUUGUUGUCUACGUUUCCCUGGACAACUGAACUCUGAUCUUCGCAAGCUUGCUGUCAAUCUUAUCCCAUUCCCACGACUUCAUUUCUUUAUGGUUGGGUUUGCACCCUUGACUUCAAGAGGAUCCCAGCAAUACCGAGCUUUGACCGUUCCUGAAUUGACUCAGCAGAUGUGGGAUGCUAAGAACAUGAUGUGUGCUGCUGAUCCUCGACAUGGUCGUUAUUUGACUGCCUCGGCAAUGUUCCGUGGUAAGAUGAGCACCAAGGAGGUAGAUGAGCAGAUGAUCAAUGUCCAAAACAAGAACUCUUCAUACUUUGUUGAGUGGAUACCUAAUAAUGUCAAGUCCAGCGUUUGUGAUAUUCCACCUAAGGGUCUUAAGAUGGCAUCCACUUUCAUUGGUAAUUCAACUUCAAUCCAGGAGAUGUUCAGGAGAGUUAGUGAGCAGUUCACGGCUAUGUUCAGGCGCAAGGCUUUCUUGCACUGGUACACUGGGGAGGGAAUGGACGAAAUGGAAUUCACUGAGGCUGAGAGUAACAUGAAUGAUCUUGUUGCUGAGUAUCAGCAGUACCAGGAUGCUACCGCUGAUGAGGAAGAGUACGAGGAGGAGGAAGAGGAGGAGGUUACUGCUUAAGGCAUCUGUCAUUUGUCAAAGUUGUUUCAAAUAUCAUAUGAAUGAUUGGCUUUGAACCUGUGGUAUAAGUUUUAAUUGUGGUGCGGUCAAAUUAGAUUGACUCGUUAAUGUGUAUGCUUAUUAUUGAUUGUUGACAUUGUAUAAACUGUGUCUUGUUGACAAUGCUGUUGUUCUUGAAAUCAAGUCUUGGAUGUUUGUAAUGGUUAAUGAGUAGUAUCGUUUUUUCUUUUUUCUUUCCCCCUUUUGAUAUGUUGAUUACAGUGGCCUCUGAAUUAAACAAUAAUAUUUUUGCCUUUUUCUUUUUAAUUGGCAUGCUGUUACUU